AUUAAGGUUGUAAAACUUUCGAGCACCACUGUGAUUUGCUAUGGUUAGUACAACAAAAUUGUUCUCCCUUAUUCACAAAAUCGCUUAUUUCUUUCCCAUGCACCUUCACGAAACUCACUCACCAUCUUCUUUCUUUCCAAAGCACUUUCAUUUCAAUUUUCCCAUUGAUCUUGUUGAUGCGAUUUGAUUGUCCUUGCUAACAGUGCUAUCAUGUCCAACAUUUUAGCAUGUUUCCAACUCCUAGAACUCAAUGUCAUAUCUGCACAAGACUUGGCUCCUGCAGGUCGUUCAAUGAGGACCUAUGCAGUGGCAUGGAUUGACCCAGAUCGCAAACUUUCCACUCGAGUUGAUUCUCACGGCGGAACCAACCCAACUUGGAAUGACAAGUUUGUCUUUCGAAUUGAUGAAGACUUUCUGUAUGAUGAAAAGUCUGUGAUAACUAUUGACAUUUACGCUCUUCAUUGGUUUCGAGACAUUCAUGUGGGCACUGCUCAUGUUCUCUCCAGUGACAUUUUUCCACCACCUUCACAACCUCAACCCCAGAGAAACACUUACACACCCACAGGAAUGAGAUUCAUGGGGCUUCAAGUUCAAAGACCUUCAGGUCGCCCCAAAGGAAUUUUGAACAUUGGUGCUGCUAGAAUUGACAGUUCCAUGCGAAGCAUGCCUCUUUACAUGCAAAACUCCCCAAUAGUUGGAUACAGUCAAGAUGAUCAUGAUCAACCAAAACGUCAAGCCAAGCCAGAGCUUCGACGCUCAAAAAGUGAUUCCAGCUCAAUGCUUGGCUCAGAAGUGGUAGUUCCCGACCCUCAAGCCAAGACCAAAAGGGAGAGGGCAAGUUCUCAAGUUCUCGCUUCAGAAAUAAGCUCCAAGAAGAGUAAAAAGAAAGCUAGCUCCAUAUUAAGUGCCACAUUCAUGAAGGGAACCCCAAAAGAUGGCAAAUUGGGUAGAAAGAAGACUAAAGCGAGAGGCCAUGAUUCACCAAACAACUUCAAUGCAAGGGUAAAUGUUGAUUACCCAGUAAAGUCCACGCCCAAGCGCCAGUUUCAAAAUUCUCCCUUUCCAGCCAAGUCUUAUAAUAACAACAACAAUUACGUAGGUAGUGUGAGAGCCACUCCAUUGCAUGCCUUUGCGAUUGCAGACACGACAAUGGAAUAUGGAACCCCGUACCGCUCCAACUUGGGUUGUCGUCCUUUUAUGACGGACUCCGAAUUAGGUCCGUCAGCUUCGGAGGUGGUGGCGAGACUACCAAUGGAGGAGGGGGAGAAUUCUACGGAGGGAGGGUGGAGCUUCGAUGACGGCGCGGAGGGCCCGCAACCUAAGGUGGAGAGGUGGCAGACGGAGUCCAAUGUCACGGGGGCAAGCAGAAAAGGGAAACAUUCACGAAGGCAUGCAGAUGGGUCAAAUGGGUUGUUCUCUUGCUUCAGUGUAAUAUGUGGAGUUGAGUGCUCCAUUGUUUGCGGUGGUGGCGGCGGCGGCAAGAAGCAUCGCCGGCGGAGGGUUCAAGCAGUGGACAAUGAAAGCUUUCUAUCAGAAGAGGAGGCGUAUUGAGGGGUGCAUGCUUGCAUGACUGGUCGAACAUGGAGAUAAGAAA